CAGGCUUGAAUUAAACCCUCUUUUCUCUCACACAUUGACAGAUACGACAAAAUGGCCGACGCUACUGCCCACAAGAAGAGAGUCUUCCGCAAGUUCUCGUACCGCGGUAUUGAUCUCGAGCAGCUGCUCGACAUCUCCAGCGAGGAGUUCAUGAACAUGGUUUCGUGCCGUGCCCGCAGAAAGUUCAAGCGCGGUCUUAAGCGCAAGCCCAUGAACCUCAUCAAGAAGCUCCGCAUUGCCAAGCAGAACGCUCCCGAGAACGAGAAGCCCAGCGCUGUCAAGACCCACCUCCGCAGCAUGAUCAUCGUCCCCGAGAUGAUUGGCUCUAUCGUCGCUGUUUACAACGGCAAGACCUUCAACCAGGUCGAGAUCAAGCCCGAGAUGAUCGGUCACUACCUCGGUGAGUUCUCCAUCACCUACAAGCCCGUCAAGCACGGUCGUCCGGGUAUGGGUGCCACCAACUCUUCCCGCUUCAUCCCCCUCAAGUAAUUUGUCGAAAAGUGGAUCCAAACCGGGGCCUUUCUUUUUUCCAUGUGCACUUACCGAGGCUGUUGCUUUGUUGUUUAAAUACACAACAUUUUGUUGCUAAAAUUGAUU